AUGUGGCUCGACUCAUACUCAUACCAUGUCGCAGGGUCCGGGAUCGGCCUCUUCACGGCCAGAAGACUGCACAAGGACGGGUGGGAGGUCUCGAUCGCAGACAUCAACGAAAAGGCAGGCCAGGUGGCCGCGGAGGAAGUCGACGGCAUUUUUACAAAAGUCGACAUCACCAAAUACGAAUCUCUAGUACAGGUGUUUGAAAAGACGUGGAAAAAGUGGCAGAGGAUUGACUUUGUCUUUUCCAAUGCAGGCAUCCUUGAUGUGGCAGACUUUUACGCCAAACAAGAGACACUGCCUCCUCCGGAGCCCAGUCUUGCGACCAGCAAAGUCAGCGUGGACGGCUACAUCUACACGUCGUACUUGGCACUUCAUUACUUCCGCCAGAAUCCCAACCCAGGCAGCACCCUGAUCCUGACAAGUUCCGCAUCGGCUCUAUACGAGUCUCCGAUUCUGCCGUUGUAUUGCGCAGCAAAAUAUGCCGUGGUGGGUUUGGCUCGCAGCCUCGGGAAAGGUCUUCAGGAAGAGAAGAUUCGAGUGAACACCAUUCUGCCCGGUGCAGUGCCAACCAACAUCGGUCUCCCACCCAAGCUGAAACAGCUGGGCAUCACGCCGACCAUGCCUGAAGACAAGUUGACCACCCCAGACAACAUUGUCGACGCCGUGUAUGAGCUCCUGAAUGACCAAGAAGCCUACGGUGUGGUGAUGGAAGUCAGCGGGCCAAAUCGGUACCGUCGACCAAAGCACGACUAUCCCGAUGCAACAAUGGCCUUUGUCAUGGGAGAAAAGGAUGCUUGGGACAAAGCGUAA